AAGCCAUCAUUGUGCCCAAAAAAAUAAUCAUGCCAUCCACAUUCCACACUAUAUAAGCAACCAAAGAGCACAAAAAACAGAACAAAAAAAAACCAAAGCAACAACUCCUACAAGCAAUUAUAAGAAAAUUGAAGAUCAUAUUUUCUUCCACACCAAGUUUCAAAACAUCAACCAUUUGGCAUUAAACCAAAACUAAAUGGAAGAAGAGGAACAAAUUUCUUCACCCUUCUGGCUGCAAAACAGCGGCACCAACCGCCGCCGCCUCAGUCGCUCAUACUCACUUUUCCUCAGCUCCGGCACUGUUAUCAUAGUCCUUCUAGUAAUUGCACUUGCGUUCAUCUUAGUCAUAGUUCCUACAUUGCACUCUUUCGCUUCCCACAUUUUCAAUCCUAAUUCAGUAAAAAAGAGUUGGGAUUCCCUUAACCUUUUGCUUGUUCUCUUUGCCAUAUUUUGUGGCUUCCUUAGCAAAAACAACAACAAUGAAAGUCCACGCUCUUAUGAAGAUCAAAAUCAAACUUUUUCAGACACAAACACACAGCAAGAGUACGAGAAACCAAACCCAGAACCAGAAACAGCACCACGUUUUUGGUAUGAGUACUCAGAAGAUAGAACUUCAUAUAACAGGUUGAGGAGUUUUAACUCCUACCCGGAUCUACGGCAAGAGUCUUUGUGGAUCGCCGGAGAUGAACAGUGGCGAUUUAGCGAUGAUACUCAUGUUAACCGUUAUCGUGGAUUGGACUUAAACUUGAAAGAAGAAAAAGAAGAAGAAGAAAGCAUCAAGGACAUUGAAGUACACACGUCUUUGAAAGGAAAGAACAAGAAGAAGCAAGGAUCAGAAACGCAUCAAUCUGAAAAGAUUGAGAAAACAAAAAAUAACACUGCUGCAGAGAGAAAGAAUAAAAAGUUAAUUGUAACGAAGGAUGAGAAAAUGCAACAAUCUUUGAAAGGAAAGAAGAAGCAUAGACAUAAAAGCGUUGAAAAUUUUCAGAACAUUAUAAAUUCUGAACCUCCAAUGAAGAAGAAGCAUAGACAUAAUAAAAGCGUUGAAAAUUUUCAGAACAUUAUAAAUUCUGAACCUCCAAUGAAGAAGCAGCAUAGACAUAAAAGCGUUGAAAAUUUUCAGAGCAUUCUGAAUUCUGAACCUGCUACUACUGUGCCUUCUUAUUCUUCUCCUUUUCCUGAUUUGUUCUAUUCUAAGAAAAACAAACAGAAGAAACUUAACUCUGUUUCGCCGUCACAAAAUCAUGUUUCAGCUAUGAUUAUGUCAAAAACAAAGGAUGAGGAUUUUUCUGUGAUUACUGGUAAUGAGUCGCCAUUGAACUCAAUACCUCCACCGCCUCCUCCUCCACCUCCGUUCAAGAUGCCAGCAUGGAAGUUCAAGGUGCAGGGUGACUUUGUUAGAAUAGAUAGCAUUAGUAGUUCAAGUUCGGUAGAUAUAGAUGAGGAAGUAGUGGAGUUACCAACCAUUAGUGGCGAAGAACCUGGAAUUGAUCUAUUGGUGUAUCCAAAUCCCAACCCCGGUGUUGAUAACAAAGCUGGUAGUUUCAUUGAAAGUUUCAGAGCUGGUUUAAGGAUGGAGAAAAUGAAUUCUAUGAAGAAGCAGGGGAUGGGGAGGUCUAAUCUCUAUGAUACCCUUCAUCACCAGAACCAUUAACAAAAGAAGAAGCUGAAAGCAUUGUCUUAAGUCAUUUUCAAUUGAUUUGUUUCAGAAGUGAAUUGUUUUGUUCUGAUGUAUACAUUGAAUUCAAGUUCAUACGAGUCAUAGUACUGCUCUUUUGCGAGAGGAUUCUGGCUGGCAUAUAUACAACUCUUGAUUUUCUUUUUCUUUUUCUUUUUUUGUCGUUGAGACCAUACUCGUCACAUACCACUUCAGAUUAUAUAUAAUAUAAGGAUUAAUUUUUUUUAUUCAA